AUGGUCCAACCUUCAAACCCACCACAAAAAAUCCCCCGCCUUCCACCAUCAGGCCAAACCCUUGACUCCGCAGCCCGGUGGCAAGCCGUCGCAAACCGGGACCCCAGCAUCAACACGUUCGUCUACGCAGUCCUCACCACCAAAAUCUACUGCCGCCCAUCCUGCUCAAGCCGUCUGGCACGCCGCGCCAACGUGCGGUUCUACGACACGCCGACCCAGGCCGAGCACGCCGGGUUCCGGCCCUGCAAGCGCUGCCACCCGCAACACGCGGAGCUCACGGCGGCUCAGAGUGACCCCCAAACGGCGCUGGUUCAAACCGCCUGCGCGUCCAUCCGUGACCUCCUGGCGAAGGGCCUGAAACCGCCGCGGCUUUAUGAUCUGGCUGCUGCAGCGGGCUUGACGCCGAGUCAUUUUCAUCGCGUGUUUAAGAAACAGGUUGGCGUUACGCCAGGUCAAUAUGCGGCUGAUAUUAUCCAGUCGCGUGUGAGUCAGAGUGUUGAUGGGGGCUCUUCUGAUACAUUGUCGGCAGGGAGGCUUGACUUGUCCUCAUCACCGGCAUCCCCUCUGUCGGGGCUAGGUGGUGGCGGGGAUGGCGAGCGCCUGGAUUGGAAUCUUGAUUGGAAUCUGGAGGGGGAGAAGGGAGUGGAGGGGGUUUCAGACAGUCUCCCAGUGGACGAGGCACUCCUGUGGAAUGACUUUGAUGUGUGGUUGAGUGGUGAGCCGGCCAUUCACAUUGAUCCGCGGAUGCUGGGGGGCAUGGAAUCAAAUCCAUCAAUAAUCACAAGUAACAUAUAG